AUGAGCGCUAUCGCCGGGCGGCCACGCCGGGCGGCAUCCGGGCCAUCAACCUCCAAUGACGGCGCCCUUCCGCACGGGCGUCCGCUGGAGGGCGCGUCUCUCGACAGCGUGUCGGCGCUUUUCCUCGCCCUCACGCAGGCGGGUGACGCAGCCACGCCCCCCGAGAUUUUCAAGGUCGGCCUGGCCGCUCGUGCCGCAGGAGUGUCCGACGAGGACAACGACGCCCGCGUGAAGCGGGCCCUCGUNUAGCCUCAAGCAGUCGCUAAUCUACGUCAGCGUCUCGGCCAAGGUGAGUCCUUUGUUGUGCGUUUGAUUUUUGCUCUUUUCGGCGACCCACCUGCGAUUACGGCAACCACCACUUUUUCGUUUCUCGUGACGGCUGUAAUCGUUUUCCAUUUUUCUCGACCCGCUUUCCCUCCGGUUUCUUAAACAUUUCGAGGUUCCAAACGACAGUCUCGGGCUACCCAUGCCCUCUCUCAUUCCUUCCCCUCUCGUCUUCGCUCAUCCGGGUUUUCUCUCACACUUGCCGAACGCCCUUUUUCGCGGCCACCCGUUUUUCCGGGCUCAGAUCUCUCUGUUUUCUGCUCGCGUUCCGGUCUUUUUUAGUUUUUGUCCGCACCUCCGUAUUCCAUAUUAUAUGUACAUAAUUUAGGGGUCACGUGAAUAUUAUAUGCGGUUUCCUUUGAGACGUGGGUCGCCCCCGAUUUGGUUCUUCAACAUGAAUUUCGCGUUCCCAAGCAUACAGCAGUAGUACAUCGUUCAUU